AUGGCGAAGGACAAGCGUGGGACGAGUGCGAAGAAGACGACUUCUGAGUCUUCGGGCGCUCCUCUCUCUUCCGGAUUUGCCUCUGUCAUCCUUCCUUCCUCGCUGCUCCACGAGGCGCUCGCUGCCGAGGCGUAUCCGUUCGGUGUAGUGGUGACCACCAGCCCUGUAUCCUCUGGUGGUUCGCCCUCGCUUCCGGUGGUUCUUCUGCCUCCUGCGUCUCCCCUCUCCUCCGACGCAAAAAAUGCGCUCGUGAAGACCGACUUCUUCUCCUUCCAUCGCUCUCUCGCCUCCUCGGCCGCAGCGUCUCCCUCGGAUCUGCUGAGCAGGCGACUGCCGAGACAGGCCAACUUAGCUCUUCAGCACUUGCCUGGCGGCUGCUCGAUUCGCGGCCUCUGGCUGCGCGUCCCGCCGGAUCAACUCGAAGAAAUCAGUCGGAACUUCCCUUCGACCUUUUCCCUCCCUGCGCUCGCCGCUGCCUUUUCUUCGCUCCCCGGACCCGCAUUCAUGGUGGUCUUGCUUCUGCCUGUCGGAAACGAAGGCGACCGGCCAAGCCAGGACUCGGCGUCUUGCGUCUCUGCGCCGCCUCGCUGUCUCGUCUUCUCUGCCGCUGGAAACGCCCUCCCAGCGUCGCCUGUUUCUGUCCCCGUGACGCUCUCGCUCGCGGCCCCCAGCCCUCUGAGAGCCUACGUCUCUGUGCUGCCUCUCCGAGUGGAAGUCUCUUUUUCGCCGAGUGAACUCUCGGCGGCAGCGUCUCUCAAACCCGAAAACGUCGCAGGCUUCUUGGCGUCGGAGCUGAGUCUCGCCCUCGAGGAGUGUUUCGACGGCCCGCUGCUGUACGUCGAAGCGCCGGUCGGACACAGGGGCGACGCCUGUUCGGAGGCCGCCACGGGGACCGGAUCAGCUGUGGUGAUCUCGGACAAACACGCCUCGCUGCCACCGUCCUCGUGCCGCCUCGCCUACCUCCAGCCUUUGCUGUCCUCGCGCGCGCCUCUCCGAUUCGCUCUCUCUGCUUCCUCGUGCAGUCGUCUUCCUUCCCUGGCCGUUGCCUCGGCUCUGCACAGCCCUCCGGAGGAGGUGCGUGCGCGUGCACACGACACCACGCAAAUCGUGGCGAUCGACGGGAACUUUGUGGCGGCCGCCUUAGAGCCGCUCUCUUCUCCCUCGCCGUCUCUCGCUUCGUCGGCUUCUCUCGCGUCGUCUUCGCUCGCUGGCGUGUGCAGUGCACUUCGCACCGAUCUGGCCGUUUCCCUUUCUCGGCGACUCGUUCAAUCGCUCUCAGACGCCGCCGGGGCAAGUGACGAGACGGGCGGAACGGGCGGCGCAGACCUGCACGCCUUGGCGCCCCGCGCUUUUGCUCGCCGCCAGUUCUUUUGGAAGGACGUCUCGAACCGGGUUCUCCUGGGAAACGGCCUUUCGGCGACGGAGACAGGGGACCCGACGACGGCGAGCGAAACCGGACGGCGCGUCGACGUGCCUUUGCUGCUGUCGGAUGUCAACUCGCCCGCCGCUGAGGGCGAGGAAGAGGACGACCUCGAGGUCGCCCGAGACACUUUCGGCUUUCUCCUGGGCGUACCGAACCCUGUGCUGGAACGGGAACUGGCGGACGGCGUCUUCCCCCCUUCUCUCGUUUCCGCGACUCAGGGUUUCGACGGCGUCCACGGCCGCGGAGCGGGACGGGCGAACAACGUGAAUUCUCGGAGCGCCAAAGAACUCUGUCACCGGGACGAGUUCUGGGCAACACUUGAAGCCAAAAUGGGCGGGAAAGCAGACAAGGGCCGAGGGAAAAGUGCGUCAAAAGGCGGGGGUGAAUGUACCAAAACCGCGACGUUCCUGACUGCCGUGCUUGGCGCGGUUGUUGUCUUUGUGGCUGCUGCUCUCCUCUUUUUCCCCAAACUGGCGGCGCAGAAACGCGCGCAAGAGGAUCUGUAG